CAAACAUAUUCCAAGGGAUUCAUCAUCGGAGAGUAAAAGUACAUAUUGAAAAAAGAAAAGAUGGCUGGUUUUCAGUGCCCCGCUGGUAAAGAUUCAUGGCCUGAACUGUUGGGAGCUCAGGGGACGGAUGCAAAGGCAGUAAUUGAGAGCGAGAACCAUUUGGUCAAGGCAGAAAUCGUGCAAGAAGGAACAAUUGUCCCUGCUGAUUUAGUGCCAGUGUGUGAUAGGGUUCGUGUUUGGGUCGAUACAUGUGGCACCGUUACCCGGGUCCCUACCAUUGGUUAAUUGAUUCAUCGUCACUUUCAAAUAUUUGAAGAAAAUCAUCUUGUCGAAAUAUUACUGAAAUAACAUGGAGAACGUUGUAUUUCCAUGCAAUUUUAAUUUGUAGUAAACUGUACGUAGUUAAUUUGCUUUCCUUAAUUCCCCUGUAUUCUCCAUCAAUCCAUAUAAAUAAGACUUCUGUUG